AUGGGUGCGGUGGUUGAGAAGGUUCAGCCCGCCAAGAGUGGGCUGAACGAAGCCUUCACCAGCCUGCUAACAGGCUUCGAGGCCUCCUUGGUAGCGGCGACCGCCCAUGCCGCUGAAGUGUCCGAACUUCAGCGAAAGCUGAAGCUGGACGAUGAUGAUAUCGUCCGCAUUAACAAGCGGUUCGAUGAGGCGCAAGGUAGUGCGGCCGAGGUCGAGACCCUGAAGAGCGCCCUUGCCCAAGCCAAGGAGCAGGCACGGGUGAGCAAAGUGGCCGCUGAUAAAGCAGCUGCAGAUUUAAAGGCCGAGCAGGUCGCCCGCCGCCAGUAUGAGGAGCGGGUGACCGAAGUGGAGCAAGAGCUCAAGGAUGCCGCUGGCAAGUGCGAGGCCUUGGAGGAGAAGAAUAAGGCCCAAGCAGUCGAUCUCGCCAAGGCUCUCCAUGAGGCCAAGGAGGCGCGGAGCGAGUCCCGGGCGGCUCGCGAGGAGAUCAAGCAGGCCGAACAGAUAGCGGCUGGUAAGCCCUUUCUUUUGCAGAGUAAAUUCGACAAUCAAAAAUAUGCCUUGCUCACUCGACUAUGGAGUUCUCCAGACGCCUUUGCGGAUCUCCCGAAGAGCGCUGCCGACGCCGCAUAG